AUGUCAAAUUCACUCUUAUGGCUGAUCAGCUUUUUCUGCUGCCAUAUCGUCACUGGUGAUUCGUCAUGCAAAAAUCAAGGCGGGGUUACGCAUGCUAACCCAGGUAGACUACAAGGUCACUAUAUUUAGCUUGAUUUUUUUAAAUAAUGUGUUUCCAGGAUAUCUUUUUUCCUUAAAUCACCCGAACCUUCCCUAAAAAGAUAUAGAAAGGACGGUUCCUAGAUGUCGAUAUCUUUGACAUUGCUUAAAGUUUUUUAAUUUAAUUUUUCUUAAGGGAAGCUCCGCUUUUAGGCCUGGCUUAAUCCCGUAUAUAUUAUAUAAAUUAAAUAUCUAAAAAAUAAAUAUAAUGAUCAAAAUUAGAAUUUUUCACUUGCAGGAAUAUUUUAAUAUUUACUCGAGAAUGUUAAUAAGUUGCAUGUUAAGUUAAAGUUUAAUUUUUCAGUAAAAUGCAUGGCCUAAAUCAAAGAAAUAUGUUAUAAAAAUUAGAUAAUAAAAAUCUUAUGGGGAAUGGAAAGAAUUAGAAAUGUAUGAUUACAGAAAUAGAGAAUUUUUACUAUCUCAAAAAUUAUAUAUCUAUCUCGAAACUCAUCUAAGCUUUUUUCACUUGGCACAGGGGAUUGCAGUAACCAUUGUGAACAUCACAUUGUACCAAAUGAGGAUCACAGAUCUUAUAGUUGCGGCGGGAAUAAAGAAACUGAGAUUCCAAUAUUCCGUGGAGUUUAUACCUUUCCGGUGGACCCAAUUCCACGAAAAAAUUGUUUUGACGAGGAGGCAAUGCAAUUUCUUCAGGAUGGGGUAAGCAAAAUAAAACCUAAUCCCAGCCCAGCUUGUGUAUCAGGCGCAGGAUAAAUUUGGGGUGUGCCCUCGAGGAAGGAUCGGUGAAUAUUUGCAACAAUGCGCAACACUAAUAUUUCUUAUUCAUUGGUCACUCACGCUAGAUUUAAGUCGACUCGACUUAUAUGAAGAAGCUUUUUUUUAGGAAAUGCCUGAUUGUUUUCAAGUUAGACGUGAAUUUGUCUGCUUGUGCUCAAGGCUGUUCAUAUAACAAAAACUUAACUCUUGCUUGACAUGCACUUGCAAAAAUUGCUUAGACAUUGAUACCCAGUCAUUCCACCAGGGGCGGAUCUAAGGGGAGGGUGCAGGCUGUUCCCCUGUUGUGUUGAAGUAAAACAUGAGACGAGAUUGAAGAAUUUAUAUGUUAAACGCCGUAAACAUGGUAGUUUAGCACGUCACAUCACCAGUCAGUUACGCCUUUCGUUAGUGGUGCACCCCCUCCUAAGAAAAAUCCUGGAUCCCCCCUGUUCCACCUUAAAUAGCUCGAAGUAUUUUUUUUUUGCAGUAUCCGGUGGUUCUUGAAAACUGCACGUUUCACAAACCAGCCAUGAAAUGGACCAUAAAUUAUCUCAAGGAAAACUUGAAAGACCUCCUAGUGUGUCGUAUAAAAAGCUUUCUGUCCAUUUGACAUCCGAGCUAAUGGUCGGCGACAAGCCCUUUUACUCGGGUCAAUUCUUUUCCAACUAACAUUUCGAUUAUUCGUCUUUGAAAUUUGUCGAACAUACCCUUCCUUAUGAAGAGUUCAUAUGUCAAGAGACUACAGUAGGAUACGACAGAGAUUAUACGUUUUUACAGAAAUAAGCUGAAGCUUAUAUAGUUAAUGAAGAGAAUCCUACAUUUAACGCAGGCAGCUGCAUGAUCAGCCAGCUUUGUACAAGGAGGAGGAGAUUAUUGAAUAAUCUGAGAUAAUCUAUUCUCUUUCUUCAACAUCAGAAUAUUCCUUUACUAUGACGAUGACCGAAUCAAGGGAGCGUUCAAGGAGUGGCACCCACCUACGAAAAGGAUGUUGAUGUACUUUACGAAUUUUUCAGAAUUAAUGGAUGAGCUUGAAACAGCUAACAAUGGGAGCCGCGCUUAUUUCCAGGUAUGGCAAAUGCAUCUAAAUUAGACCUUGGUUGAUAAAGAGUGUUCUCUUGGUCGUAUGUUGGCGACAAUAAGAUUAAGGACAUCAAGGAUUGCAAAUGGUUCAAAUAUACUUUUGUGGGCUCAGUUUACAUCUUCGGCUCAAACUUUCUUUUCCUUUUCUAACUCAUUAACUUACUUUACCAUAUAUGCAUACCCAGAACUGAAGUAAAUAUAAAAUUUGAUUUAACCACAACAUAAAUUUAUUAUAACACUGGGGUGUGCCUGAAAAGCGACCUCGUCAAUUUUAUAGAUUUAAUCUGAAUAUGCCCUUUCCAGCACUGUUUAAAAUUGCAGUCGUAUUAAUACUUGACCACUGGCAGUCGCCUUUUUCAAUGUGGUAGUCCAGUUCAAGAGUCCGCCAUUGGGAGCUCACUGUUUUCUUUUUUGUUCACAAAUUGUGAGACAAGGCAUUAAUGGUACGCUUCUAUUAGUCACUUAGUAUAAAAUGAUAGGAAUGCUACUGAACACAUGCACGUUAAGUACUAAAAAGCUAACAAAAACAUAUAUCACCCCACAUAAUUAAGGGAGUUCGAAUUAUGGAAUCCUGGAAUUUGGAAUCCGGGAUACAGCUCAAAGAUUCCGGAAUCCCACUAACGAUUGGAAUCCAUAAUCCAAGUUCCAUUGAAAAAGACUGGAAUCGAGUACCUUUGAAUCUGGAAUCCGUGGCGUGGAAUCCAGAAUCUUGGAUUCCCUUUUAUCGGACAACAUGUAACAGAGAAGUCUUAUCAGUAGGCUGCAUAUCGAUCACCAUAUCUUCUAUGACGGACGUACUUUAACUCUAUGUUUUUGCAUUAAUAUAGUCAUUAGUGUACCUUCAGGAUGGUGUGAGUGACUCUUUGUGGAAGGAUGUCAAUUCUUUCAACUAUAGUUUUUUGCUUGACCUUGUAACGCGCUUGAACUGGGGCGAGGAUGUUUCUAACUUGCUAUUGGUUGGAAUGCCGGAUGUAGUGACGCCUGCGCACUUUGACAUCUUGGAAAAUCUUUAUGUCCAGGUGGGUAAUAAUCCAGUUUCGAGGAACCUUGUGGUCCCUCCCAUUUUCCAAGGGAAAAUCCCUGGGAACGAGCUGAAUUUUUAAUUUGCCAUGACCGCUGAGUGAAAGAACUGAAGGGGCACUUUGACAGGGUUAGCCCGCAUUUGAAGUGGAUAUAUUGACAAAUCCCAGCGAGAAGAUAAAAAAUGUUUACAACUCUAAAUACAAAAGGGGCUAUUAACGUAUUUAAAAUUUCAAGGGGAGAACGUUUAGAACCAAGUCCCUUGUACCACACACGAGAUGUACGUCAUCUGAUUAAGGUUUGAAUAUUCCUUGAUGUUCAAUGUCUGCAGGGUGAAGACUCUUUUUUCAAAUGUCAAACGGGCUGGUGAUGCAACCAAAAUCAUGCAACUUUGACAGAAAAUACCAGCGAAAAUAGUGUACCUCGGGUUUCAAUUGAUUGGAAUGGAGUUUAGUCAUAGCCCAUCAAAAGGCAAAAAAAAAAACAAAGAAAAAAAGAGAGAAACUAAAGAAAAGAAAAGAAAGAAAGAGGAACGACAAAUGGAAAGAAAGUAGAGCGAAAAAAUAAAAAUAAAAAAUUGCCUUCUGCAAAUGCAUCAGGAAUGACAGCGAGCCUAGUUCUCGACUUGUAAACAAAGUUUUGUCUUCUGGUUUUGUUGAAAAGCCAGAAAACGGCUUUUCAACGAAAUGUUCUGGGGUUGAAAUAACGACAAAACUGAAAACGGACCUAUGGACGUAUCCCUAAAAGACAGAAGUUAGUCAAGCAAUACCGUUUCGAAUGGUCACGCCUAUUACUUAUUUAACUAUAAAACUGAGUGAUAAGUAAUAAUAAAAAUAUCUUUACCUGCAGAUCUUUGGAAGGAAGAGAGUUAUUCUGUNUGAAAACGGACCUAUGGACGUAUCCCUAAAAGACAGAAGUUAGUCAAGCAAUACCGUUUCGAAUGGUCACGCCUAUUACUUAUUUAACUAUAAAACUGAGUGAUAAGUAAUAAUAAAAAUAUCUUUACCUGCAGAUCUUUGGAAGGAAGAGAGUUAUUCUGUUCAGUCCAGAUUAUUUUGGUUCUCUUUACCCUUAUCCUGUGGGACAUCCUCACGAUCGACAAACUCAGGUGAGAAUAUUUUAAAUAUUCAUCAGCCUUUUAUGCUCUAAUCUUUUGGUGGUGUUGAUUGGAAAUAAAGGAACCGGCGCGAAGGACAAAAUUGUGUAAAAGUUACACAUGGUCUGAAAUUAGGCAUCAUAUCAAAUACGAUGUAAACUUUUUUUGUCAAACGUGUUUCGUCCUUGGUAAAAUGGUCUUAUUUCAGCUUAAGCCCAUAGCGUUCACGGUUCGGUCAAUUCUGGACUCUACCGUGAGCUGUAACGUCAUCAACAGAGAUUCGACCACCCUUUCCCAGACUUCGUGCGGAUAACGUAGCAUGAGAGAGCGCCUAGGGACCAGGCUGGUCUGAUUAGGCAUGAACAGAUUGUGCCAGUAAAUCCAGCAAAGGUUGCUUGAAAAUACACCCAAAAGUUGCUCUAAAGUUGCUAAAAAAUUUAAAAGUUGCCAUUCAAAUUUAGAAAAGUUGCUUACUUUUGAGAGUCAUUUUGUUCUAGAUUACUACUCAAAACAUGACGUUGUAUGUGUAAUUUAACAUCAUUUGUUGUGAUCAAUAUAAUCUUUAAGCUCAACGUAACUAAUAAUAGAAAGUAUUUUCUAAUGACGUUUCUAAUGAGUAAACAUCACAAUGUUUGCUAUAGAUAUCAUAGUACUGACUAUACACUUUAGACAGUGAUCAAGUUUACAGCCUUUAUCUUAUCUUAUCACGAUAAGAUACAAUAAUGCAAAGAGGUUGUAAACUGGAUGUAAGCGCCCGUUAGAUAGAUAGCUGCUGUCCAGUUCGUGGGCGAACCUGUUAUUUCAUAAAUUAUUUGUAAGAACGUACGACAGCCUUAGUUUUUACCAGUUUUAAUAAAAAUCUUUUAAUAAAGACCUUUUUUAUGGUUUGGUCAGUUUUUAACUAUUUGUUGACUCAAAAGUUGCCAAGGAAGGCAAACGUUGCUCUAGGUUGCUCGAAGUACAAAAAGUUGCUGAAAACGCUAAAAGUUGCUCAAAAGUUGCCGAGCACAAUCUAUUUAUGCCUAGGUCUGAUGCCAGGUCUAAUGGUCUAAUUCCAGUGCAAUGCGCUCCUUACCCAUCCCCCAAAGCUGUCUCGCAGAAGUUUUACGACCAUCGCAUUCCCGUAAUGAGUCUGCUUGAUUUGGUCAGGAUGUUAGCUAGAAGGAAAGGCUUAUUGUUUAAAGCUUGUUGGACAAAUUUAGAUGUCUCGGUAUGCAUUCAACAAAUGCCAUGUUUGUAUGUAAUUCAAUCCGAUAAUCGCUACGUAUGAGGGUUUGGAUGUUGAUAUGCUCUCAAAAAUAUUUGUUCUGUUCGCCUACGAAAUUCACCUCUUUCUCUGUGCAGGUGGACUUUGAAAACCCGGACUUGAGCAAGUUUCCUCGAUUUAGCGAGAUCAGGGGCAUGGAGGUAUCCCUUGAACCAGAUGAAGUACUUUACAUUCCAAACUACUGGUGGCAUUACAUCGAAAGCGAAAGUCACAGGUAACUCUUCCGCGGUGUUAGCUCAUGAUCAGUUAUCGCAACUGCAGCUCUCUGUUAUAGGGUGCGGUGAGAGGGUGUAGAGUUCAUUCUCGGUGCUCCUGCCUUCCAGGGUUAGUCAUCAUGAAAACUAGUACAUGCUCUAAUCACACCAAGAGACAUUAUGGUCUUUGAAAUUUCAAGAAUAAAAAUCGGAAGUAAGUGGCAAAAUAUCGCUCAUGAUUUUAUUGUGGGUAUUCGCCCAUUCGAUUCCCCUAAAACCUGGCCGUUUCACUUGUCCAAAAUUUUCUUGUGGGUCUUCAAACAAAUAUUAAAACUUUGGAUUCGUGGAAGAGAUUUGAUAAUUUUUCGUCGAAGUUUCUUAGAAACUAGAUAGACACGCUGGAAAGUUUCUUUGUGUACUUUAUUUUUUCCACCAAAAAAGGUUGCACUGCUACUUUUACUGUUCGAUGGAGGUUAAGCCCUCUCCCAAUCACAAAAUGAUAAAACUUCUAACAUUUGUUAACUUAGUUGUUUCCUCUACUACGACAUUCUCGCAAAAACCCGCAGUAGAAUGACACGACGGCCAUCACGUUUUCCCUCCAAAAUGUCGCUGGUUCACACGCACUCACUAUUUUGUAUUGAGGAAACCUCGUUCUCGCAGUCGUGCUAGUCAUAGAAUCUUAAGGUUUUGUUUUGCAUAUAUUGUGAACUGUAAAGAGACCAUAAUAGGACCUAUUAUGUAUUGCUGAGACUGUCCCUCAUGGCCUACCUGAUGUUAACAAUCUUGUUCUUCUUCUAGUAAAACCAUAUCAAUGAAUUUCUGGUUUGAUCCAAAGAACGAUACCAAAACAAAAAGCGAUAACGCCACUGAGAAGGUGGAUACCUCAAGUGUUCAACUGGAAACUGGCGAAGACCAACAAGAAGGUGGUAGUCUUAAAACUGAUGGAGAUGAUGCAAAGGAAACGCAGUCAAACGGCGAAGGUGCGCAUGCGCUAAGUGAAUCCGAACGGAAUAAAGAUACACAUCCCGAAGGCCAAGUUAAGAUCGACGAUCGAACGAAAGUUAGUUUUGAAGAAACAACCACAGAACCUAAGGCAGAAAAAGAGAAAGCAGUCGAAGAAGAUGAAAAAGAGAUCGAGUUAUCUGCAAGUCAAUAUAUAGCACUUCUGAGGGAAACGGAGACAUCACUCUUCAAAGCUACUUUCAGCCACAAGAAGGUA